AUGUUACACACUUCAAAAGACGAAGGAAGCGACGAGGAAGAGUCCCAUCCACUUGUAGAGAGUGCAAGCAGAAGUGCUCGGAUCAAGUCAUUGAGACGUUUUUCCUCCCAGCAGCCUAACAUAUGGAUCUUCACAACUUUGCUACUGGCAUUUCUACUUCUUGCAAGUGGAAUGAGGGAUUAUGUUCGGAAAUGGUCUGUUGCUCGAGAAGCGAUAGGAUUGAAGCAGGUCAAAUUUUACGGAGGAAUCCGCUUCGAUGACAAUGAGAAGCAGUAUGUAACACUGAAUCCCGACGAGCCUGUCUACGUAGGCUCUCCUUCGCCAGAAAUAGAUAAUGCAUGGCAAGCUCUGGUACAUAAUGAGAGUAUCGCUGUGACUCCAGAAGAGGCAAAAGAAGUCUCUGAUAGAUCCGCAUAUGACAAGUACCGAGGUCAUUGUACAGUUGGACUAGACGUUCUCCAUAGUCUACAUUGCCUCAACGCCAUAUGUAUCGCACAAGAUGUUGAUUAUUAUCGAGCCCAAGGAUUUCAUGAAGAGUGGUGGGCACGAUUUCAUAUAGAUCACUGUAUAAACCAUCUACGCCAGGUAAUACAAUGCCAUGGUGAUCUAACACCAACACCUUUGGUGCCGGCGUCAAGAAAUGCAUCAAAAAAGGGAUGGAUCACGCCAGAUUUUGACGUAGUGCAUACUUGUAGAGAUUUCAAAGCGAUUCGUGAAUGGAGUACUGAGAAACAUGAAAGUGGCGUUCGAAAAGCACGACUCGCUGCUCAGGAACAGAAUUUGUCAGAUUGA